ACUUGGAGAAACUCCACACUUGAAUUUAAGUUAUUGGAAACUGUUUAAAGAAAUAUUAGAAAAGAUUAGUGAUUGUUCUAUACCGUCACCUGUAUACAAAUUACCUUUGAUCUCUAUAUUUUCCAGUGUAGUUGACUAUUUAGCAUCAUUGAAGUCAAUAAAUAACUACGACCUAGAUGAUCUGGUUGAAAUAGUUGACACCUGUUUUCAUAAACUUACAAAAGAAAAGCCUACUAUUUUCAGGCCACCAAUUGAUCAACUAGUUACAUUAGCACUAAAUGCUUGCAAUUUAAUCACAGUUAUGAAUGAUACUUGUGAUUAUUAUGCGAUAAACGUUGAGAAUGAGCAAUCCCGAGCAAUUAUUUUGCGAUUUAAGCUAUUUGCAAAAAUUGGCUCAUUUUUGGAGAGCAGUUUGAUAAAAAGUUCAAAUCCAAAAAAG